UGUUGUUGCCUACAGGUAACCGAAGGUUUACUUCGCUGUAUGGUAAAUACGUGUAUAUAAGAGCUAAUGGCAAGAAAGAAGAUUCAGUAGAUGGAGCCGCGUCUUCUGUUUGCGUUUUCAUGGGCAAUGCUCCUGCUGACCAGAGAUGCUGACGCCUUCCAGGUGAUUGGUGGAAGUGCGACAGUGGUACAAGGAGGUACCGCUAUCUUACCGUGCCACAUCAUUGAUACCAAUGAUGACUUGACACAGAUUACCUGGCAGAGGAGGACUAGAGGAAAACCUCAAAAUGACAAUUUUCUCACUAUCCAGCCCAGAAAUGGACCAUUGUUUGUCAAUGGAGGUGAUGAUCGAUUUAAAUAUGUUGGGAGUUUUAAUGACAAAAAUGGAACGCUCCAGUUAUCCAAUGUUGCCCUGAAGGAUGAAGGCAUCUACACGUGCAUCUUCACUUUGUUCCCCAGUGGAAAUCAGAAGACUGAGAUUCCUCUAAUCUUGCUCGUGCCUCCUUCCACAAGCGUGAAGGACAGUCUUCCCACUUCGGGUACAGAAGAGGUUUUAUUUGCUACCUGCACGGCUGCUGGCUCGAGGCCUCCUGCAGAGGUGAGGUGGCUCACUGGUACUUUGGCAGAAAAAGUGAGGACAACGACAAAGUCCACCCACUACGACAAUGGUACGACCACCACAGUCAGCUCUCUGUUUGGUGUACCUACGAGAGAGCUUAACGGUCACCUGGUCGAGUGUGUCAUCAGCGGUGACUCCCUGUCUACAGAAGUAAUCCUGCCCUUCACCAUACAGGUCUACUUCUCUCCCACAGAAGUGAACAUUACAGCAAUUUCAGACGACUCUUUUGAAUGUAUGACAGACGCCAACCCAAACGCAAAAUUUACCUGGAACAGAUCUGGACGAUCUCUGCCGCAGUCUGCUGUCAAAGUUGAGGGUGCAAAGCUUCAACUGCUGAGUCUGAACUCUGAUCUAAAUGGCCUCUAUCAGUGUGAAGCAUCUAACACAUAUGGAAGAAAACACAGUCAGCUCUAUGUGCAUGUGGCAUCAGGAUCAUGCUCUAAUGCCUGGGCCUUAUUUGGUGUUUUGCUUUUCCUGAAUGUUGGGGCUGCAGCGUGGUACUUCUAUAAAUCUGGACACUUUCCAAGGAAUCUCUUUGAUAGCUGUGGAAGUGGAAGAUGAACAACAUUUGGACUGAAGGCUCCAGCAUGUCAUUCCAGAGUCAGGUGGUAAAUGAACAGAUUAAGUACAGGUGGAGGUACUUGGUGUCAUUUAUAUAGCUGCCUCCAUUUUAUUUAUCUUCUAGAUUUAUAUGUGCACUGAUAUCUGUCCACUAAAUCACACUAACACUAAAUUUCUAACAGUUUGGUCAGAAGCAUGCACAUGAGUAUCCCACUGGAGGUCACUUUGAAGUGCUCCUCCUCUUGUGUAACGGUACAUCUUCUGGUAUCUCCUCUCCUCCCUGAAUUGGAUAAGAGGAAGAAGAUGGAUGGAUAAGAUUUGCGUGUUCAUCGAGCAGAGGCCUUUGAGGUUUGAGUACAGUAUCGUAGCUGUUCCUGGGACUGCUCUCUUCUGGACAGAGACCUCUGAUGUUGUGCCUGGAAUCUCCUGGAGCCACUCUUCCAGUUCGGAAGGUUACAGUUCCUAACACUCCUGUUGCCACUGGAACCAGAUGUUCCGUUUUAAAUGAUAAUUAAAAGCUUGAAAACUGGAUUUAACACUGAUUAUUUUUGUCUCUUCUGCCUCUGCUGCCUGUCUUUAUUAAAGGUUUGUAACUUUGUACCUACAAAUUAGAAAAGUAAAUUGCUCUCUGCUCCUUUAAUCUGCUCCUUUUUUCAUACUUUUUGAUGUUUUAACUGAACUUUGGUUAUUUUUGCAGAGCAGUUAAAGCUGGUUCUGGAAGCUUUGUUCAAUCCAUACAAAAGCUAAUUACACUGAAGUUUAAAUGUAAAAGCUACUAUGAUGAAAUUUCAUUGACUGACAGUCUUUUCAGUCUUUUCAAACUUGAGUCUUUAGUUCUUAGUUUCUGUUCACGUCCAUCUGAAUUAUUUAGUUCAGUCGCUUAUGUUAUUUUUUUUUCUCUCAGCUUUCUUCCAUUUGUCAUGUUUCUGUGUCAUGUUUUAGUGUGUUAGGGAUUCUUUAUUUUGGGAGCUGUUUGACUUCUGUGCCUGUACUUCCCCUCCCCUCUUUUGUUACCCUUGAUUAGCUGUUCCUGGAUGGGCACAUGUUUUCUCUUCCCUUGAUUGCCUUCGGUGGGUCUUAGGAUAAAUUGUUGUACACACUUGUUUCCCCCAUGUGUUUGUGUUGUCUGGGUUUAGUUCCUAUUGUAUUCUAUUUAAUCUUAGACUUUUUCAGCUAAAAUAAAAAACUUGCUUUUUUAUUUUGAAACUUGGUCUUAGCGCUCUGCACUUUGGGUCCUCACUCGUUGCACUCUAGAUAUGACAAUGGGACAGAGUGUCUUUUUGGAGGGGUGGGGAUGGGAGUGAGGGAGUAUUUGUGUUUUGUUUUUGUUUUUUUAAAUGAAAGUGGCGUUCUUGUGCUAAGUUUAAAAUAAAUUUGACCAAUGUUCAUCCUGACAUAUUGGCAUCUUUGGAAACUUGAUGAUCACUCAUAAAACCUUUUUUGUCUUGCACAAGGUCUAAAUGCACAGUGUUAUUUCCCUCGGGGGAUCAAUAAAUUAUCUACCUACCUGCACCCCACCCCCACCUCUCACCCUAUGGCAGCUGAA